UCCGGCGGGGCGACGGGCGGCGGGGGUCUCCGGAGCGCGUCCCCCCACCGUAAUGCCUACGAGGCCACCAUCCAGGCCCUGGCGCCCACAAAGGAGGCCGAUGGCGAAGAUGGCAAGAAAAGCCGGGGUAAGAAGUAUGGCUCCAAUGUUCACCGUAUCAAGAACAUGUUCCUGCAGAUGGGGACGGCGCCCGGCCCCGAGGGCACCUGCGACCUGGCCAAGGCCAAGGAGAAGCCUGUCCGUCUCUCCUUGCCCCGGGCUGGUAGCCUCAGCGAUAGCAUGGACCAGGGCAACCUCCUCAAGCUGGGCACCAGUGUCUCGGAGAGGGUCAGCCGCUUCGACUCCAAGCCUGACAAACCCUUCUCCAAGCUGCAGGAGACCCGUAAGAUCUUCGAGAGGAGCCCGCAGGAGAAGGCCACCACCACCAAGCUCUUGCUACGUAAGGAACGAGCCGGUUUCCAGGACCGUAAGCUGGACGUGGUGGUGAGGUUCAAUGGCAGCACCGAAUCCUUGGACAAGCUGGACACCGAAGCUGUCUCGCCCACCGUCAGCCAGCUCAGUGCUGUCUUUGAGAAGGCCGACCUCCGUAACAACCUCCAUAAGGCGCCAGGGCGAGCGGGAGGACCGCUCAAUGCCAAGGUGGUGGGCAAGCGACCUCGGGUGUUCUUGCCGAGCCCCGAGGCUGGACGGUCGGGUGAUGAAGAGGAGAAGACAGCGGGGAAGACUACCCGGCCGGCGGAGAAGGAGACAGCCGCCCCGCGGGUGCAGGAGGUCUGCAAGAUCAAGCCGGUGGAGGUGGAGGAGAGCGGUGAGGCCGAGGAGGAGGAGGAAGAGGAGGCGACGGCGACGGGUGAACCGGUGCCUGCGCCCCAACCGGCCAAGGGGGACGAGGGUCCGGUGCCUGCUGCCCCCCGGCUGGAAGGGGGCUCGGGGGCGGCUGCGGGCGAGGAGGGCGUCGAGGGCGUCAAGGGCGAGCGGGCAGAGGAGGGCGAUGCCUACGAGGAGGCCAAGAAGGAGGACUUCUCUGAGGCGGACCUGGUGGACAUAAGUGCCUACAGCGGGCUCGGGGAGGACUCGGGGGGCAGCGGGCUGGAGGAGGAGGAGGAGGCCGAAGGGCUGUAUGAGCCCGAGUCGGGUUGCGUGGAGAUUCCCGGGCUGUCCGAAGAAGAGGAGCCCGUCCCCAACCGCAAGAUCCAGUUCAGCACGGCCCCCAUCCAGGUCUUCAGCACUUACUCCAACGAAGACUAUGACCGCCGCAAUGAAGACGUCGACCCCAUGGCUGCAUCGGCUGAGUAUGAGCUGGAGAAGAGGGUGGAGCGGCUCGACCUCUUCCCUGUGGAGCUGGAGAAAGACUCCGAAGGGCUGGGGAUCAGCAUCAUCGGCAUGGGUGCGGGGGCUGACAUGGGCCUGGAGAAGCUGGGCAUCUUCGUCAAGACGGUGACAGAGGGUGGGGCGGCCCACCGGGAUGGCAGGAUCCAGGUGAACGAUCUCAUUGUGGAGGUGGACGGCACCAGCCUGGUGGGGGUGACGCAGAGCUUCGCCGCCUCUGUCCUCAGGAACACCAAGGGCCGCGUCCGGUUCCUCAUCGGGCGGGAGAAGCCGGGGGAGCAGAGCGAGGUGGCACAGCUGAUCCAGCAGACGCUGGAACAGGAGCGGUGGCAGCGGGAGAUGAUCGAGCAGCGCUACACCCAGUACACCGAGGAUGACGAGGAGACGGGCGAGUACGCCACAGACGAGGAGGAGGAGAUGAGCCCCAUGUUCCCCAGUGGUGAGAUGGCCAUCGAGGUGUUCGAGCUGGCUGAGAACGAGGACACGCUCUCCCCUGUGGAGAUGGACCCCGAAAAGCUGGUGCACAAAUUCAAGGAGCUCCAGAUCAAGCAUGCCGUCACCGAGGCCGAGAUCCAGCAGCUGAAGAGGAAGCUGCAGUGCCUGGAGCAGGAGAAGGCACGUUGGCGGGCCGAGAAGGCCCAGCUGGAGCAGAGCGUGGAGGAGAACAAGGAGCGGAUGGAGAAGCUGGAGGGGUACUGGAUGGAGGCGCAGAACCUUUGCCAGGCCGUGGACGAGCACCUCAAGGAGACGCAGGCCCAGUACCAGACCCUGGAGCGCAAGUACAGCAAGGCCAAGAGGCUCAUCAAGGAGUACCAGCAAAAGGAGAUCGAGUUCCUGAAGAAGGAGACAGCACAGCGGCGGGUGCUGGAGGAGUCGGAGUCGGUGCACAAGGAGGAGAUGGAGAAGCUGUCGCGGCCCAUGGGUUCCCGUCGCCUCUGGAUCCCAGGAUGGAUCGCAGCAGAUCUGCUCGGGCGCCGGCUCGCGCCAGCCCCCUGUCCCACCAUGUCGGUCUCCAAACUGCAGGACGCAGAUGAGGUUUUCGAUUUUACCGCUGUGGUUCCAGAGACGCCGCGCCUGGACAGCAGCCUGCAGAAGGAGGGGCUGGCGGGCCCCCCCUCGCCCAAGUCCUGCCACAGCUCCGACAGCUCGCCCGGCUUCGCCCGCCGCGACGCCCGGCCCCAGCGGCACAGCGAAGACGACAGCCGGGACAUGAGCCCCCCCGAGCCGGCCAGCCCCACCGUGGGGCUCGAUAAGAAAACACGGAGGAAAUUCUUGGAUUUGGGGGUGACCCUGCGCCGGGCCUCCUCCAGCAAGAGCCGGAAGGAGAAGGGCAGCAACCGCCUGUCCAUGGGCGGCAGGGAGGCGGUGGAGGGUCCUGGCCGCCCCUCGGGGUCACCCUUCCUGCCCUUCUCCUGGUUCUCGGACGGCGCAAGGGGCUCGGCCUCCCCCGGCUCCGCGUCACCUGCCGGCUCCCCCCGGCACGAGGGGCUCAGCCCCGCCAAAUCCGCCUCCCAGGACUCGACGCUGAGCGAGGACUCCCCACCGCCCAGCGCCAGCCCGCGCCUGCCCGGCCCCACCGCCACCAAGUGCUCCUACCCCUACCACACCCUGUCACAGUCCUCGGAUGAGUUCCUGGAUGAGCCCCCCGGUGCGGCUGCAGGCUGGACGUGCCGGCAGGUGGGACAGUGGCUGGAGAGCCUCAACCUGGAGCAGUACGUAGAGGAGUUCUCGGCCCACGGCGUCGAUGGUCCACGGCUGCUGCACCUCGACGGUGCCAAGCUCAAGGCGCUGGGCGUGGGCAGCUCGCAGGACCGCGCGGUGCUGAAGCGGAAGCUGAAGGAGCUGAGCCUGGCCGUGGAGAAGGAGCGCAAGGCCCAGGAGAAGGCGGAGAAGCAGCGGGAGAAGCAGAAGAAAAGGGACCAGGAGCAGCGGCGGAGCUAA